AUGGCAUUAGAUCUUGGGGGAAAUAAAAAGAAGCAAAAUGCCAAGAGUAAGUACUCCAUAGUGGAAUUGUCACUCUUCAAACCUGGCAAGAAGAAAUACGCGGAGUUCGACUACGAGGAGAUUAGGAAGAAGCAGUUGAACGAAGACGAUUCAAGCGGUGACGAUGAACGGUUUCAUGACCGAGAAGCUCUAGAGAUAGUGAAACGGUUGGAAGCUAAAUACGGAGGUAAAAAGGAUAAAAAAGGACGGAAGCUUUGUUUUGGAACUGAAGAUGAUUACAUGGAUAAGCGGGCAGGUUACGAUUUAGACGACGACUUCAUUGACGAUUCAGAAGCGUAUGACGAGCUCAUCCCGUCUACCAUGGACACCGUCCAGGGAGGCUUCUAUGUGAAUCGGGGAAAAUUGGAAUUCAAAACAAAGCAUGAGGAAAUAAAUGAUUCGGAUAUUUCUGAUUCAGACGAUACACCGCAGCCGAAGAAGGGCACUGCUAAGCCAACGGCACUGAAGGUUAAAUGGAAUUCAUUUCAGAAACGAUCGCAGACAUUGAGCGAGGACGAAGUAGAAGUUGAUGAAGACGUUGUUCCUCCUGUCGCGGGUAGUGCAAACGACGACAAAACUGUUUCUGAUACUCCGGUUUCGAUUCCUACAAAUCUAAAACCACGAAUGGUUGGUGCACCACCUUCGAAAGUUCGGAGGAUUGCCCUGGGUGAAUCCGCAAAUCAGCGUGCCGCCAAUGCCAUCAAGAAACGUCUUGUUGGAAUGCCGCCGACCAUAUUGAAAAGGAAGGUUCUUCAAAAGCUUACCCCUCGUAAGGAGAACGAAGUGCCAGGUUUCCCUCGAACAAUAUCUGGUGAAGCUAUCGUGCCUAAAAAUAAUGAUAAAUCACCUGAGAAACCAGCAGUUGAUGUCUUAGCCUCGACGGGAACAUGUAAUAGUACUCGUAGUCCUCAGAAUGCUCCAGAAUCUGCUACUAGCGAUGCAAGCAGUUCAAAUGCGGGCAUAGCAUCUUCACCGAAGAAGCGUCCUUUGGCACCGAUGACCGACACAUUGUCCAAUAUGAUAGCAGAGUUCAAACGUUGCACGAAUAACUUAGCUCUUCCUGGCCAGAAAAAGCGGCUGCAGAAUAUCCAUGUUGACAUGGUUAUUGCAAUUGAAGAACAAUGCUUAAAAGACGGGUACUCUGUCCAUGAGAAGGCACGCGUCGCUCAUUCGCUGGCAGACUACUGUGGCAUCCAGAAAAAUUCGCUUUACGCUCGGUGCAUUAAGCGAAGAGAUGAGCAUAAAAACGGUGCCCCAAAUUUGGCGUUUUUGCCGAAGUCCCCUGUCGACGGGAAAGGAAUUUCAACCAUUUCUACAUCCAGCUCAACUAAAGCUAUUAACAUCUCUUUGGAAUCGUCGCUUACCACCAAAACUGCUGGAACUACGACACCAAUGGUAGCUGCUAACAAAUCCACAAUAAGCGCUAAUCCCGUCGCUGUUUCACCAUCACCUGCUAGGUCGAAUUCGUCUACGCCGCUGCCGUCUACAUCAUCUUCAUCAUCUCCGGCUUCGUCUAUAGUGAAGACCUCUACGGCGCCUGUAACUUCGUCGACUCCUACGAACACAGCUUCAAAUCCAGAACCUUCAACAUCGGUGAAAGCGAGUCAAUCAUGGACGGGUCAAAAGAAACUUGCUGCUCAGGCCAUGGUUACAAAUGUGGCUGCUCUUCUUCCUUCAACUGAACGCCUUGAAGAUUUACAGGAGGUUUUGAGGAAAGUUGGCAACGAAACAAUGACUUAUGAUGAUUUCUUGAAAUGGCAUGAUAAGAGUAUGAAAUCGGUUUAUGCGAGGGCUUCUGUUGAGAAGAAAAAUGCGGUAAACGGUAUUGCCAGGGUUAGUCCAACUACAUCCAAUGUGAACAAAACAACAAAAUGUGGAAGUGGCGCCUCGAGCGAACUGGCAGUUGGUACCCAGUCCAAAAAUCCAACUACCGUUCCAUCUUCUCUAACAAAACGUGUUUCCCUUGCCCAAGCGGUAGCGACGGCAAAAAUACCGCCUCGAGGCCGUCCAUUGGCGCUUACUCAUGUACAAAUAUCCGAGAGGCUUGAAUCGGAUAAGCAGACAACACUUCAAGCAAUUGCCACAGCAAUCGAUAAUAGCAAAGUGGCUUAUAAGAAGAAAUGUGAUGUUGCCUCUGCAACUGGAAAACCUGCACCGCGAUUUGAUUUCCUCUGGACCGAAAAUUUAGCGAACGCGUUAAAGGCACAGCUAGAUCUUUACUGGUCUGUACUACUCGGCUCUGACAGCUAUGCGAAGUUGGCUGAUAGCAUCUUCACAGUGUUUGCGAAGGAAAUCUUUCCGUACUUUCGUAAUGAAAUUAAAUUGAGCCGUUUGUUAAUCGAGUACACUCGACGUAAUCCGGAGAAGGCAUUUAUACUUGCGUGCCCUAGUGCUCAAAAGCUGCUGAAAGAUGACAAUGUUGACUUGAGCAGCAUAACUGUCCUCGCCAAGAAGGGAAAGCCAGUGAACGACUCGGUUGCGGCAAAAACAAAUCCGACUACUCCCUAUAAGCCGAUUUUGCCUGUUAGAUCGUCGUCGUCCGACGAAAUUCAGACCACUUCCUCCCAAGAUGAUCCUGAUGUGGUUGUCAUUGAGCCAAGUACAUCAAACGCUACCACUUCAAAUGACGGCGCUGCUACUGCGUCGACACCGUCAUCAUUUGAUGCAAUGAGCCAGGUCAGCGCUGCGCUAAGUCAAACGGGUUGGACAUUGCUACCAGCGCAGUUGCCAGAACAAUUUGCAUCGCAAUACCAGCUUAUGUCGAAGAAAAAACAAGGUGCGGGAAAAAAGAAAGACGGAGACGAUAAGAAGAAAACGAUGGAGCAAGAAAAGGAAGAGAGAAAGCGAGUAAAAGAUGAAAGAAGAGAGGAACUGAAUGCUCAAAAGAGAGUUUUGGCAGCGUCUGCUAAGGAGAAAGCGAUAGAAGAGAAACGUUUGCGCUUAGAGGAGGAAAAGCGUCAAAAACUAGCCGAGAAAGCCCGGAAAGAGAAGGAGGAGCGUGAGAAACGUCUUGAGGAGCAGGCCGAAAGGGAACGACUUAUGAGGGAAGAAAGGGAGAAGCUUGCAAAAGAGGCUGCUGAAAAACAAAAGAAGGAAGAGGAGGAACGUCAACGGCUUGAACAGACUCGUAUAAAAAUUGAACAAGAGAGAGCCCAGGAGUUGGAAAAACGACGACAAGCUGAACUUCGUGAGGAAGAGAGGAAAGCCGCCCAGUUGCUGGAGCAGGAAAUCCGCAUGGAAGAGGUUUCUCAAAGUGAUGUUGCACCUGAUCUCAUGUUGGCGUUUAAGGAGGAAGAACAGGCUGAAUCAAAGCGAUUGAAGAAACAGGAGGAACAGGUAGCUGCAGUACGGGCAGCUAACCUUGCAGCCCAAACUCAACGAAUGCAUUCCACUCCGGCUAGCAAUACGACUACAACCACAGUCUCUCACAAUAUUUCUAUGAACGCUACUGCUGAGAAGAAACCGCAACCUAUGGUCACACCGAAACAACAAAGUAAGGUUUAA